AUGAACCUGAUGGAUUGGUCCACCCGGGGCGUCAUCGCGGUGGCGCUUCAGUCCUCGGUCUACCUUUGGGACUCCACCACAUGUAAGAUCACGCAGCUGCCACCGCACCCCACGGAGGGCUUGCGGGGCGCUUCCGUUGCCAUGCCCGCCACCACCGAAAAGGUGGUCUGCAGUGUGAGUUGGACCCCGGACGGGCAAUCCCUCGCCGUCGGCGCCAACGACGGGGGGGUGGAUACGUGGGAUGUCGAGGCGAGGCAGGUGGUGCGGCGCUGGCAUAAACACAGCCGUCGGGUGGGUUCGCUGAGCUGGACGACCGACGGGAAGGUGCUGGUAUCCGGCAGCAAGGACGCGACCAUCAGCCUGCAGGACUUGCGCGAUCCAUCCGACACCAUCCACAUCCUGCGAGCCCACACGCAGGAGAUCUGCGGCCUGCGCUGUUCGCCCCACCGCGGCAGCGUCUACUUCGCCAGCGGGAGCAAUGAUAAUCAGCUGCUGGUGUGGGAUCGCCGGCAGCUUCGCAGUGGCGGCUCGGGCACCAUCACAUCCGACGCGCAGCCGGUGUUUUGUCUUAAUCAGCAUCGGGCCGCCGUCAAGGCGAUUGCCUGGCAUCCUAUCCAAUCCUCCCUCCUCGCGAGUGGCGGCGGGACGGAGGAUAAGACGCUGCGCUUUUGGAAUACACUCACGGGGGAGUGCGUGCGCCACUUCAACACUCAGAGUCAGGUCUGCGGGGUAUUAUGGAACCACGCCGGGACGGAGCUGGUUAGCUCGCAUGGCUUCUCGAAGAACCAGCUGAGCAUUUGGAAGUACCCUUCGCUGCGCCGGGUUGCCGAUCUCACCGGGCACACUUCCCGCGUCCUGCAUUUAUGCCUUUCCCCGGAUGGCGAGACGGUCGCCUCCGCGGCGGGCGACGAGACGAUUCGAUUUUGGCGCUGUUUUUCGCCUGGCCCCGCAGCCGGGGCGGUCCAAACGCCCACGACGACAUUCUCAUCGUCGACGUCGCCUUCACAACGGGGAGGGUUUCGUGUGGGCGGCAUCAGCGGAUGGGCCGAUGCGUCCUCUUUCUCUCCCCUCCCAUCGUUAGUUCCCACAUACAGCUGCGGCGGCGGCGAUUGGUCGCCCGCGAAAUCGACUACUUCCAACCUCUACGCGGAUCCCACUACCAUCUUCCAGGAAGUUGGCUUUCGUUAA